AUGCUUCGCACCGCUCUUCUCGUUGCUCUUUCUGCCUCUCCUCUCAUGGCCUGCUUCGGAGGUUCAGGAGGUGGAUGUUGCGCUCCAUCCAACCCUGGAUGCGGAGCUGGUGUACCACCAUGCUCUAGCUCCAGCUACGCUUCUGCCCCACCAGCUGGCGGUUACGCUACUGCCCCAGCCGCCGGAGGAUACGCUACUGCCCCAGCCGCCGGAGGAUACGCUGCCGCUCCAGCUCUCGGAGGAUACGCCGCUGCCGCUCCAGCCGGAGGAUACGCCGCUGCCGCUCCAGCCGGAGGAUACGCCGCUGCUGCCCCAGCCGGAGGAUAUGCUGCCCCAGCUCCAGUUUUCGGAGGUGCCCAAGUUGCUGAUGCCGGAUAUGCUGCCCCAGCCCCAGUUUUCGGAGGAGCUCAAGCUGCUGAUGCCGGAUACGCCGCUCAAGCCCCAGCUCAAGGAUAUGCCGCUCAAGCCCCAGCUCAAGGAUAUGCUGCUCAAGCCCCAGUCCAAGGAUAUGCCGCUCAAGCCCCAGCCCAAGGAUACGCUGCCUCUGCCCCAGUCAUCGGAGCCCCACAAGGAGAAGCCUCUUAUGCUGCCCAAGCCCCAGUUGCUGAGGCCCCACUCGCCGCUGAAGCCCCACAACAAACUUACCAACAAGUCGAACAAGUUCCAGUUGCUGCUGCUCCACAAGAGAUUGCCCAAACCUACCAAGAGCCAGCUCCAGUUCAAGCCCCAGUUGAACAAGCCACAUACCAAGCUCCACAAGCUGUCCAUGAUGUCGCCCAACAAGUUGUUGAUACCAGCUAUCAACAAGCCGCUGCUGCUUACCCAAGCCACUAA